AUGACCACAUUCUCUUCCAUCCCUCCAUACAUCCUCGGCGGCGCCUGUGUCGGUCGAGGCCUGAUGGCCAUCUACUCCCCACGAAAAGAAUACGGCCAUGUCGGUUUACCGCUCGAAUCUCUAGCAACUCCAGCCGACCAUGAAGCCGGCGGAAUAUCGCCGCUCAUGUACUUCAAGGGGCUCCGCGAGAUCUCAUAUGGUCUCACGCUGAUGGUACUGCAGCGUCAGGGGAACGAGGACGCUGUUACGACCUUUGCUGCCAUCUUAUCGGUCGUGAGGAUCGGAGAUGGUCUCGUUGUCUGGUUCAAGGGAGGUGAGGAGUUGAGAUGGAGGGCUAUGGGCCAUUGGAUCACUGGGGUCGGGUUCGUUGGGUGGGUGAUUUGGAGGUGCAGUUAUCAGGGAUACUUUUGA